GCGCCCCCGCGGGGAGGGGGGGCCCCGCGCCGGGGCCGGCACUUGCACGGCGGAAACGGGGCACCGCCAACGCGGGGAGCGGGCGCCGCGGGCACCCGGGGCAGGGACUGUGGGGAUCGGGCACCGGCAUCGCGGGGUGGGGGUACCGAGGGCACCGGACACCGGCAGCGUGUGGACCGGAGACUGGGCGCAGGGACUGUGCAGACUCGGGCAGCGGCACUGUGUGGACCGGGGACGGGGCGCGGGGACCGUGGGGACCGGACACUGACGCUGCACUGGGUUACGGGAGCUUCGGGGCCCGCCGGCGGCGCGGGCGUGGGAUCGCCGGGGACCAGCACCGCCCAGCAUGGAGCGGAUGAUCGUCAGCAUGCAGGACCCCGACAUGGGCAUCAAGAUGAGGAACCAGCGCUUGCUCAUCACCGUCAUCCCCCACGCCAUGACAGGGAACGACAUCGUGGAGUGGCUCAUCCAGAAGUACGGCAUCUCCGAGGAGGAGUCGCUGCACCUCGGCAACCUCAUCGUGAAGCACGGCUACAUCUACCCGCUCAAAGACCCGCGCAGCCUGGUGCUGCGGGCCGAUGAGUCGCCCUACCGCUUCCAGACCCCCUAUUUCUGGACCAGCACCAAGUGGCCGGCCACGGAGCUGGACUACGCCAUUUACCUGGCCAAGAAGAACAUCCGCAAGCAGGGGGAUCUGAUCGAGCACGAGAAGGACAACUACAACCUCCUGCACAAGCGGAUCAACCACACGUGGGACUUCGUGGUGAUGCAGGCACGGGAGCAGCUCCGGGCAGCCAAGCAGCGGCGCAAGGGCGACCGCAUCGUCAUCGACUGCCAGGAACAGGCCUACUGGCUCGUCAACCGGCCCCCGCCAGGAGCCCCUAACGUGCUGGAGCAGGGUCCCGAGCGCAGGAACUGCCACACCACCCGUGUCCAGCUGACCAAGAACAUGGAUUACUACAAGCGAGAGAUCGAGUACUGCAGGAAGGCCAUGGCCAGGACCAGGGUGAAGUCCUCCAUCUGCCUUGAGGGGUACAUCAAGUUCAACGAGCAGUAUGUGCCCCACGACCCCAUCAUGUCUGGCUGCCUGCCCAGCAACCCCUGGAUCACGGAUGACACCACGUACUGGGCCAUGAAUGCCCCCACAGUGACAACCCCCACAAAGCUGCGCGUGGAGCGCUGGGGCUUCAACUUCAGUGAGCUCAUCAACGACCCCCUGGGCCGGGCACAGCUCCUGGAAUUCCUCAAGAAGGAGUUCAGUGCUGAGAACCUGAGCUUCUGGGAGGCGUGUGAGGAGCUGCGCUACGGGGAGCAGUCCCGCAUCGCCGAGAUCGUGGACUCCAUCUAUCAGCAGUUCCUGGCUCCCGGGGCCACGCGCUGGGUGAACAUCGACAGCAAGACGAUGGAGAGAACCCUGGAGGGCAUCAAGACGCCCCAUCGCUACGUGAUGGACGAUGCCCAGAUGCACAUCUACAUGCUGAUGAAGAAGGACUCCUACCCACGCUUCCUCAAGUCGGACCUCUACAAGAACCUCCUGGCCGAGGCCAUCAUUCCGCCGGAGACCAAGAAGCGGGUGUUCCCGUUCAUGCGCAAGCAGCGGCAUUCCAGCCCCAGCCCGGCCCUGCUGCUGCCCGCGGGCGAUGCCGACGAGAGGAGCAGGAGCCCCUCCACCGCCCCCGUCCCCGAGGAGGAGAGCUGAGAGCCGCGGCCCCCGGCAGUUCGGGAGCGCCAUGACCCAGCACACGCAGCCACGCCGCAGGACCCUGCCGGCAGUAGCACUGGAGGAGAGAAGCCAUAUCCCCCCAGGCCCCCCGAGCCAGGCUGACCCCGCCGCAGCCCCCGCUCACAUCCCCACUCCCUGCUGUCCCUCGGGGAAGCCGCACCCAGCCGGCCUGGUGCGGGGUCACCCCCUGCUCCCGCCCCACCCCGACACGAGACAGUAAAACCCCCCGGGAAACGCUGCUGGCUCCCGUGCUUUUUGGGGAGGGGGGCCAGGGAGGCAGGGUGGGAGGAGCACAAAGUGCUGCCCGUUUCUCCAGGCUGGGUUGUGAGCUGUUCUCCGGGCUGGAAGUGACAUCCUCCCGUGCCUGCAGCAGCCAGCCAGGGUGCACACCGGCAGGGGAGCAGCCCCCAGACACGCGUGC